GGAAACGGAAGGAAGUGGAAGUUAGGCUGGCUAAGGCUAGUCGUUAGCUAUAUUUAUGCUACUCUAGCCCUCUACACAGUCUGUGGUUUAGACCCCAGCAUUGAUCCUCCUGGUGAGUUAUUAAAUACUAAAAAAUGUGACACACUUUUUUAUAAAAUGCGGGCGCAGCUGGUUACCUAACUGUCCUCAAAAUGUCAUUGUUUAGUCUCGCUGCUAAAUGCACAUGUCGUGGCUUGUCAAUGAAAAUCCCUCGGCCUUCAUUUAACCUGUUAACAAACGAUAGACACUCAAUUACAAACGUGGAGAUCCAGAGCCACGUCACACAUGUAACGCGUCUGUUGAGGAAUCAUCACUCCAAGGUACCAGAGGUGGCUACAUGGGAACUAAUACCAGAGGACCAGCUUCCCCCGCCUGCCCAUAUCCCUGCUGACCUGGUGGACAAACUGGAGCGACUGGCCUUGGUUGAUUUCCGCACCAAACAGGGACUGGCCUGUUUGGAGAAAGCCAUACGAUUUGCAGAUCAGCUUCAUGUUCUUGACACGUCAGGGGUUGAACCGAUGGAUUCAGUUCUGGAGGACAGGCCAUUACAACUGAGGGACGAUGUCGUGAUGGAAGGAGACUGCGCUGAAGAACUGCUUCAUCUCUCCAAAAACACAGUUGAAGAAUAUUUUGUGGCACCACCAGGAAAUAUCCCUUUACCAAAGAGGGAGGAGAGGGCCGCCAUGCUGAAACACUCAGAAUUAUGACGUGUAUUACUAAUUUGUUCUCACUUGGUGUGUAAAAUAAAAACCUGGACGUGCAUUUAGAUUUGUUGUUUUUCAGUUUCAUUUGACGGUUGCAGUAUUGAUAGAUCCUGGUUUUGUUUCAGUAUUAUUUUAUGUGAAGUGUGAGUGAGCAGUGUGUUGGCAACCUGUGCUAUGAGAGGAUUCAGUGCAAUGUACAUUGUUUUAAUUUGGGAUUUACAUUAUGAUCUUGAUAGUGUGUCCUAUUUUCAUUCUAGUGUUGUUUAACUUUGAAAAAAUAACUUAAAAAAAAUAAAACAAUACUUAAUUCUCACUUGGUUUUGUUUCCAAAUAAAAUGUGAUAUCAUAAGAUA